UCUUCAAACUCAUUUUGAAGGAAACUUUAUUGCUCUUCAUUUGUAUUUUCAACAAUAAUUUACAGCCAACUACUAUGGGUUCAUUAGGUUCAUUGAAUUCAUGCAACGAAGAAGAGUUGUUAAUUCAAAAUGUUUCUGAAAUCUACAACAACUUAUCAACCUUAGAGAGCCUCAAACCUUCGAAAGAUGUCAACAGCCUUUUCACACAACUUGUCCAAACUUGCAUUCCACCAUCUCCAAUUGAUGUCACCAAGCUAUCAGUCACAGACCAAGGAAUCCGUUCCGAACUCAUUCGUCUCUGUGGGGAAGCUGAAGGCCUCUUGGAAGCUCAUUAUUCGAGCCUAUUAGGUGCUUACGAUAACCCACUUGAUCAUAUAACCACCUUUCCAUAUUACACAAAUUAUGUCAAGCUUGGCCGACUUGAGUAUACUAUACUGAGCAAUUAUAUCACAAACCCAAACCCGAAUCACAUCGCCUUCAUUGGUUCUGGUCCAAUGCCUCUUACCUCCAUCGUAUUGGCUUCAAACCACCUGAAGACCACUACCUUUCACAAUUACGAUAUUGACAUAUCUGCUAAUGCUUUGGCUUCUAACUUGGUCUCUGCAGAUCCUGACUUGUCGAAGCGGAUGUUAUUUCAUGAUACUGAUAUUAUGGAUGUCACUAGUGGUUUAUACGACUAUGAGGUUGUCUUCUUGGCUGCUUUAGUUGGUUUGAACAAAGCGGACAAACGCAAAGUUAUUGAUCAUUUGGCUAAGCACAUGGCGCCAGGGUCCUUACUGAUGUUGAGGAGUGCUCAUGGUGCUCGUGGGUUUCUCUAUCCCAUUGUUGAGCCUAGUGAUUUACCUGGUUUUGAGGUUCUUGCAGUUUUUCAUCCAAUGGACGAGGUAAUCAAUUCAGUGCUUGUUGCCCGUAAGAUUAGGAACGAAGUGAAGCAGUACUAGCUAGUUUAUUACUGAUCAGUGAGGCUUGGACCACUUACGAGCACCAGGAUAUAUUAGUUUUACCGUCUUUUUUUUUCCGCACCAGGAUAUAUUAGUUUUACCGUCUUUUUUUUUUUCCGUUUUACUAGUAGAGGUCAAUGCGAAAGUGGAGAAGCCUACUACAAAAUAAAUAUCCGUAUGUUGUACUUUCUAGUGUGUCUUCAAGUGUGUGAGAUGUAAGCUCGAUUUUAAUUAUAUAAAACUAUAUA